CGGACCUCUGCACGGACCGUCUUCAGCCACAUCGUGACCGGCAUGUUGUCGUCAAGACCUUUGAACUUCGUGAGCUUCAGCGCUCUGGCCUUCUCGCGUACGAUGACUUGGCGCGGUGGGGGCUGGUCGUCUGCCCCCGCGUACCUCACCGCUGGCAUCGUAGCUGCAGCUGGUGGUGCGCGCCCCGGGUCUACUCCGCCGUGGCCGCCGCCGCUUCCAGCCGUCAAGAUCACCACCCCCGUGCCCGUCAUCCCGCUCGGGUUCGUCAUGGUGCUAGUCGCCGCGUUCGGGUUCCCCGCUACGGCCGUCGCCAUGCUUCGAGUCGCUGCUGGGCCGGCUCUGCCUCCCGUGGCGUCGCUUCGUCCAGCCGUUACACCCAGGUCGUGGCUAGUUCUCGUGCCGCCGCCUGGGUUCGAGUGUCCCAACCCGGCGUUCGUUGGCGUGGUGCCCGACGACGGACGGAUCAUUUCCGUCUCCACCAACACCCUUCCUCCGUCUUCCGCCUCCAGCGUCGCCGAUGCAGCCACCGUCUGCUGCUGUUGCUGCUUGGCCGCCUCGCGCGCCGCUGUCUCCGCUCGUUCCUGUGACGCUGCGCGUCGCUCCGCCCGUUGA